AUGGCCGAUAAGCUGCGUACCCUUCAAAAUCUCGAGGCACUUCAGGCCCGCUACAUUGGCACAGGACACGCUGAUACAACCAAGUACGAAUGGACAUCCAAUAUCAUCCGUGACAGCUACGCAUCUUACAUUGGACAUCCACCGCUUCUCCAAUACAUGUCCAUCGGCAUGGGCGAAUCAAAGGAAAAAGUACGAGCCUCGAUGGUUGAAAAGAUAGUCCGAGGAGCAGGAAAUCCGCCCGAUGUGAGUUGCCAUCCGGUCUCUACUUGGUGUUACCCGUUGAAAAGUCAAGAAGCUAACAUGGUCAUGAUGGUGGUAGACAAGUGA